AUGUGCUGUUUCGGAGACGACGAGCCCUCGAGGCCCGCCACCCCUGUACGUACGCCUACGCCAAACAUCAGCUCAUACACGCCGGAGGAGAAGGCACAUCAGGACAACAUCAUCCGUAACUACGGAUGGGACAAGAGGGGAUUCCCCGAAAAGCAGCAAAGGCGAAUGGCCCAGACCUUCUGCAACGAAAUCAAGAAAGCCAAGGAUCGCGGUGAGUGGUAG